AUGGGCGAGUCUUCAUGUAUGGAGGAGAUGGAAAUGGAGAGGGGGGAGAAGAUCAUCAAUCAAUACUCCCCUCUUUUCUUCCUCAAAGUACAGAGGUGGAGACCGAAGAGCAGAACUUGGCAGCGGAGGAAGGGAAAGAGCAGAAGGGUUUCCCCUUUACUGUUGUAGGUUCAUAAUUACAGAGAGUGAGUGUAUUAUUGAGGUGAGGUG